CAAUUACCCUCGCUUCGGUUGCACGGAAUGAGAAUUACGGGAUGGCGGCAGUCAUGGCACGGUCCGAAGGGGCCUCUUUAACAACCGAGAUAUCCUCUUCGAUAGCGGAACCUAAAAGACACUCGGCAUGCGAUGAGUGUAGGAAACGAAAGCUCAAAUGCUCGGGUGAGCUCAGUGGCUGCUCCCGAUGUCUGAAGCAGUCAAUUACAUGCAACUAUUCAGUACAAAAAACCAUGGGCCGACCACCUAAGAAAAGGGCGCGCGCAGAUGAUGACGGAGGCGAUAUAUCUUUGCAGGGUAACAACAUCUGGCCCACUCCAGAAGAUACACCGCCAGACUCUGUCACUAUGGGACACGAGCCGGAUGUGACAACAGACGCGCUGUAUCUUUGUCCACAGUUUUUCGUCCAUCAUGGUGGCCCGUCGCAGUCAUCAGAAUCAGAUCUGCUCGCCGUUGAUGACGACCACAACCAUAGCUGGCGCCCUGACCGUCUGAGAAAUUCCAAUCUACCAGUGCCCGAGUCUUCAAGCCCCUGGCCUGACUUUGCAACGGUAUCCGAGUCAACAUCGAUGCUCGUUGCUCCCCCGACAAACUUACUUAAUGCCCAAUCCUUACCGUUAACCCCUCCAAUGACCAAUCUCGCCGACCCCGCUACUCCUCAGUGUACAUGCUUGUCAUAUCUAUAUCUCUGCCUGAGUCACAUCUCCUCUAUCGCCUCAUUUCCCGUCAACUCCCAUACGCUUUGCUCCCUAUACAUCGCAGCCAGAACCGCGCAGGACGUGAUUCGCUGCGAAGCAUGCCCCAAAAACUUUGCAACGGGCAUCCAGAAUGUCAUGUUCUGUGGAACUCUGCUCACAGUCAUCGCGGACGCUUGGCUACGAGUUUAUAACAGCGAUGCAUCCGAACUCGGGGUGCAGUCUGCGCCACCAGAAUUUGCAAACAAAGUCAUGCAAUCUGCCAACCCCGCCGAAGGCUGGAAGUCUUGGCUCCGUCAGAUCGUUCGUCGUGCUGUAGUCGGCGGAUAUCUGAGCCCAGAGGCCGGUACUCGCUGUUCUGGUCAGCGUGAUCUUCUCUCUUUAAUAAGAGAAGUUGAAAACCGUCAGCGACGCUGGCAUACCCCUGGACAGCACCCAAUGGAAGGACAGAAUCUCAUGCAGUCCAUGAGCCUUGGGCAUAACCAGAGUGAUGGAGAAGAAGAAGGUACCGAUGAGAAGAAGUUGCUGUGUUUGCGUGUGGUUGGUAGCGCGCGAGCUGUCCUCUCGAAAUUCAAUUUUGAGCCUCACGACUUUCCCGAAGGAGUCAUACCUGAUGACGUGAAACGAAUGCCACGCCCAUGAUAAAAGCUAUGAAUAAUGGAUUGAAGUUUCCGGAUAUGGCUCUUGUGCUUCCAUUAGGGAUUUUAUACCAGUUGAUGAAGAGUUUUUACAUCGCUAUUCGAGAAGAGAUAGUUUUUAUACCCAA